CAUUUGAUUAGAAUUUUAUCCAGUGUCUAAUUGUCAUUUCAAUAGUAAACAACAAACUACAGUGUCUCCAAAGGAUUUAAUCGAAUCAUCACCAACUUUCAAAAUGUUCAAGCUGGUACUCAUCUCUGCUCUCAUUGCGGCUGCUUUCUGUCUGCCUGCGGAAAAGGACAAAGCCAACUACAUGGAACCAUCGGAGACUUCGUGGAACUCUGCGUGGGCCAAUCCGGCCAACCCGAAUGCUGCGGCUUGGGGUGGCAACACCUGGAACCGAUGGAACAACCCCAAUGCCGAUCCCCGCUGGAACCGAUGGGGAGCAGCUGAGCCGUGGAACCGCCAGUGGGGAGGAGCCAACACUGCCGGAUGGAACCAGUGGAACCGGGCUGGAUCUGCAUGGCCAGCUGCUGGAGCCCCUGCUGGUGCUGCUGCUGCCCGUGGUGGUUGGAAUACCUGGUAAUAGGGGACAUGCUUGAACUGCACGCGGAUGCCAAAAUGACAAAGGCUUUGAUAAUUUUCUUCUAUGUGUAUAAUUUUACCAGGAUUUCAAAUAAAAUCAUAUUAAAAUAAA